AUGCCACCGCGGCGGCGCGAAAUCCCCCCCGAGAGCUCAUGGCGCCUCGUCGACGGCGAAAACGACAGCUUCGACACCAGCAUCAUCGACCCUCCUCCGCUCGACGACGACAUGAGCCCUCCCUCCAGCGCCAUGCCCUCGUCAGGGCUCCCCACGCAGUCCUUCUCGCAGAGCAUGAGCAGCGUGGACAGCAGCGCGGGCUUUGGGUCGCAGGACAGCAUCCGCGACUUUGCCAACUUCCAGCACGACCCGGACGUCAUCCUGCGAGAGCCGUUCCGGCCCACGAUUCCCUCGAGCGUCGCCACGUCGCAGCGCACGUCAUAUCCGCGGCCCGACAUGCAGUUCCGCAUGCCGCUCGUCGAGGCCAACAAUAUCGUCGCGAGCGAGGCGUCGCGCAGCGCUAGGACUGCUGACGAGGAUACCGAGGAGGGCAGUGUGUGGGAUGAGCGUGAGGGCUUGAUCGGCGACGACCCUUACCAACGAGACUGGGUCGUGGAGGAAGAGCUUGACAGACUUUCCAAGGAGCAAUACAAGGCUGAGGCCAAUGGCAACUACGGCGCGUCGUCAGGCUCGCCAACGUCCAGCUCCUCCGGCCGAUUGCUUCGAGUGUUGCGCUUUGCAGCAAUACCCGCCGCAAUCGCCAUGGCCGCAUAUUUAAUCCACAGCAAUGGCGUCUCCUUGGACGUUGCGCGCCAGUCGUUCUCCCUCAAAUCCUUGCGCGAGAUCCCCAGCGUUUCCAACUUUCAGAUGCCCUUCUUCUUCGAGGCCGAGUCGUCGUCCCGCCCUACAGCUUCGACUUCCUUCAUCGACUUUACGAGUCUCAUGGAGGUCCAGUCUGGCUUCGAGAGCGUGCUCGACAAAACCACACAGGGGCUGGCUAUGCCCCGUGAACUUAAGGAGUCAGAGAUGAUCACCCGCAACAUACGAUCGCUCCUCAAAACGAGCGAAGAAGACGCGAGCAGCGAGGACCUCCUGUCCGAGCUCAACAGCUACAUUGAAAAAGUCGGCCGCGCAGCCGCAGCCAUGCAGACAUUCCACAUCCACGUCGGAUCGACCGUCGACUCCGUCAUCAACAUCAACCGCUGGACCCUGCGCCACAUCAACUCCCUCUCCGUGGAACAAGCCGAGGCCCCCUCCCUGCCCCCGAUCAUGGCAUGGGCCAUCCGCCCGCUGAGCGUCAUCUUCCGGUCAUCAAGCCAAGACGGAAACGACAAGGCCCUGUGGAACAAGUACUCGGAGCACGUCAUCCUCGUGCAGGACCGCCUCGACAAACUCCUCGAGGAAGGAAAAGCCCUCUCGCUCCUCCUCCACCAGGGCGAGGCCCAUCUCAGCGCCAUCAACGAACAGGCCGAACGACGCCUUUCUUCUAGCAGCCUCAGCAAGUCCAAAUCCGGCGGCGGCGGCUCCUCGUUUUUGUCCAGCGUCUGGGCGUACAUUGGGCGCUUCGUGGAGGAAAAGAAUACCUUUCGCGAGGAGGUUGCGCUGCUGAAGAAGGUGGACGCGCAGUACGCGGCGACGAUUUCCCAUCUUCUUUCGUUGAUGGAGAAUCUUAAGGACAUCCAGGCCUAUCUGGGCGAUCUGCUCAAGCGCGAUGCUUCUUCUUCGUCCGUCGUUUGGGGAGAUGAAGCAGCAGGGAGUCAACAACAAGCGCAGAGUACUACGCUGAGCGAGCAAUAUGAAAUUAUCAAGAGUGCUCUAGAGAGGCUGGAGCGGGCGAGGGAGAAGGCUGCUGAGGGCGAGGCACAAGUUGAGGAGGCUGGCUCACAUGGGGGGGGAGCUGGAGAUGAGAGAGCGGGAUACGCUGAUGCUGAGAUGGGAGGCGACGCUUUGUAA